AUGGUCGCGCCACUAUUGGAACGCCUGGAACAUGUAGGUUAUAAUAAGGUGAACUCCAUCGUGGUGUUUCUGACUGUUUCCCUCCAGAAUGUCUACAACGUGUUCCCGAUGCCCAAGGCGUCUCCCAGAGCUUAUGACGCUCAACCGUUCCUCCAGCCCUCCGAGGCCAGUAUGGCUCUGCCAGAAAGUAGCAAUAAAGAGAAUGCCGCCCCUGGAGGCCCUCAAACCCCUUCUCAUCAACAGUCGACAAUAGGCUCGUCAACAUCAAGCGAACGCGUUCCGGAAUCGCAGCCCCAGCCCUCGUCUCAACAAACUAGCGACACGCUUCCGCCUCCUCUUGUGCUCCUUCUAAACUCCAUUCGCUCUGCAAUCCAAACUCUUUUCGUCAGAAAACCGCCUCACACAAUCCAGAGACUCGCUGAGCUUAUCCUUCGGCCGACCGCACACUACAGAACACUCCCUGCCUACCUGCGUGCCGUGGAUCGUGUUGUAUCUGUUACUAGUGGUGCUGAUAUUUUUCCGUUCAAUAGUCCUGCAACCACUGGCACUCAGCCAAAUGGUCUCAUGCACCCCACCAAUAGUGCUGGAACGUAUCUGACACCAGACUACUCGUCCGGCCUGGGGAGUGAUGAGUCUCUGGGCGGCGCCCUUCUCACGCCGAUUCCCUGGUUAACGAAUGUCUCGUUUGAAAGCGAAAGUGGAGGUGCAUUGCAAGAGGUUGCGCCCUCGCAGGAGCAAGGCAUAGACACGGGUGCCACUUUGGCCAUGGAAGGGCAGGAGGCGGAAGCUGGCUCUUCUUCUCCUCCGACGGACACAUCGGACGAGGUUCCCCAUGCCCGUGGUCCGCCAGUCGUGGGUGUCGAGGACCUAGGAUUGCAAGACGGAAAGGACCUAGAGGUGAAGCUGGAUGAGCAGGGUGCUAAAGAUGGCACGACGGGAUCUUCUAGCACCGAUGCGCCGCAGCCUAAUGACGAAACUCACUCUGCUGAUCAGGAUGGUGAUAUUAUUCUUGACGACAGCAAACCCAAGGAGGAAAUCAACGUUGAAGACACGACAGCAGCUGCGCCCCAGACGGGCGAGGGGAGGUCCGAGUCUGCUGGUGAUUCCACGCCAGCUACGAAGGCCGAGUAA